AUGGCGGCUGAUGCAGCUUUGGCUACCUUGACCUCUGGCGGCCAGCAGUCCAAAGAUGCAGAGCAAGCUCAUGCCAACCAAGGUGCAGUCUGCACCGCGGACACGCUUCAAGUAAUGCACAUGAACACCAUCGAGUCUGUCAUGAUUCAGGUCGAUCGGUACGCAGGCCCGGUGCCGCCCGGUGCGGUGACAGAGAGCAUGAUCUGCAGAGGACCUGAGGAUGGCGAGCCGCCAGAAGAAGCCUUCUCUGGGAUCACGCUACCUGUCAAGUCCGCACUUGACUUGAAGCAAGAAAGGCUUAUUGGCUCCGUGACGAAGUACCUUCCUGUCAGUGGCUACGGCAUGGUGAAAAGUCACAUGUUCGAGGGCGAGCUGAUGUUCAGGAUAGAUCGAAUAAUGCCGGAGUUUCAGGCUCAUCCCCUUCAUGAGAACGAAGGAGUCGAGUUCGAUGUUCAGGCCGACGAGAACGGCAAAGCCGUGGCUGUAGCCGUAAAGCCGGUCCUGGGCAGAAAGCCCUACGAUGUUCUUGGCCAGCGGCACCGGGGCUACGUCCGGCGUUUCGCCGAGCGUUGGGGCUUCCUGAAUGCCGCCGCCUUUGACGGAGACCUCUUCGUUCACCGGGACAACCUCUUGCUUGAGCCGGGUUCUGAAACUGGUGCGGAUGGUCAGCCGAUUCUCAGAACGGGUCAAGUCGUGGAGUUUGACGUUGCCCUGGAUGAUCGUGGAAGGGCGGUGGCGAAGCAAAUCACCACACGAGCUUUGCUGAGACCCGGCGAUUGGAUUGGCCACAGGUUGCGCGGGUACAUCCGAUCUUUCCAAGGCGCCUGGGGCUUCAUCAACUCCGACAGAUUUGCUGGGGAUCUCUUCGUGCAUCGUGACUCCUUGCUGGCGCAGUGCCAGAAUGCGCAGCUGGGCCUGAGUACGGUGGUCGAGUUCGACAUCGAACGAGAUCAUCACCGCAAGGGAGCAAAGAAUCGACUGGUGGCAAGGAACGUGGCUGUUCUCGGUCCCCCCGAGGCUGCUCCUCCUGUUCCACCGCCAGCUGCACUCCCUGGACCCGGGCAGGCAACCCCAACCGAUCCAGCACCCUUACACGGUGUUCCACAACCGCAUCCUUCACCGGCACAGCAAGCUGCACCAAUGUAUUACCAGGCACCGCCAUCGACCGUGCCGGAUCCGAGUUCUGCAGGAUAUGGCCUGCCGCCAUACCCAUACCAGCAUCACCCAUAUCCAUAUCCGCCUUCCCAGCCGACACCAUAUCCUCUUCCUUAUACUCCGCCCGCAGGUGGAGCACACUACCCUUAUGGACAUCCGCCUUCGUUUGGGCAGCCGCUGCCAUACCACCAUUCUUAUCCGUCAACGCCACAUCCCGGCACGCCAACGCAGACAAAAAGCCCAGCCUCCUCCACGCAGCCCGCUGCCACGCAAGCGGCUGCAGUGCAGCCCGCUGCUGCCACGGCUGCUACACUUCCCAACGGCACUCCGCCAAAUACCACACAGCCCAAUGUCACACCGACCAAGUCCAAACUGCCAGCUGCCAGUGUUGCUGCCACACAACCAACUGCCGCCCAGUCGGCUGCCGCACAUGCCGCGAUGUCAGAGACCGCACAGCCGGCUGCAGAGCCCGCAGCUCUGCAAGCUUCUGCGACUGCUGUGUCACAGCCUGCUGAAGAGUGCUGUGAGGUAACGGCACAGGCCCAUUUCUGCUGUUAA